AUGUUUCCAGAUAAUGGCAAUGGAAAAGGGUCUGAAGAAGUAUCCACUUCCACUGUUGGUUUUACACAAAAAUGUUGUCAAUUCACUAUUGAUGAAGUUUUGUUAGCAACAGAAAACUUUAAUGAAUCAUUAGUAGUUGGGAAAGGGGGUUUUGGAAAAGUAUAUAAAGGCAAUAUUAGCGUAGGAACAACCUAUGCAGAUGUCGCAAUCAAAAGGUUGGAUUUGAUGUCGAAUCAAGGGGAGACAGAGUUCUGGGCAGAAGUUAAAAUGCUUUCUGAGUUGCGUCAUGCUCAUUUGGUGUCUUUAAUUGGUUAUUGUAAUUAUGAAAAAGAAAUGAUCCUUGUUUACGAAUACAUGCCCCACGGAACACUUGAAGAUCAUUUGCAUAAACUCCAUACCCCUCUUUCUUGGGUCGACAGACUCAAGAUUUGUAUCGGUGCGGCCCGUGGGUUAGACUACCUUCACACGGGGACAAGUAUUGAGGUUGGUGUUAUACAUAGAGAUGUCAAGAGUUCAAAUAUCUUGUUACAUGAAAGUUGGGCGGCAAAAAUUUCGGAUUUUGGGUUGGCUAGAAUAGGUCCAACAAAUCAACCAUUAACUUAUGUCAAUACGUUAGUUAAAGGGACUUUUGGGUAUAUUGAUCCAAACUAUUUUGCGACUGGAAAGUUGACAAGGAAGUCUGAUGUGUAUGCUUUUGGGGUGGUAUUGUUUGAAAUGUUGUGUCAGAAGCGACCAUUGGACGAGAGUUUUGAAUGUGGCCUAGCAACAUGGAUACAUGAAUCAAUUAAAGAAAGAAACUUAAAGCAAUUAGUUUAUCCGGGUAUACAAAGUGAGAUAUCUCUAAAGUGUCUAAAAGGGUUUGUUCGGAUAGCUGAAAGAUGCUUGGAUAAUCAUCCAAAUCGUCGUCCUACCAUGACUGAGGUUACCUCUACUCUUGAAUCUCUACUGGCUCAAUCUGUACUGUUCUCGCAACAGAAAACCAAUAAUUGGUUGCCAACUCCAGGCAAGAUUUUUGGAAGAAUGUUUGAUGCGUUUCCUUUUAGCUCCCCUGGUGAAAGUUUAGGUAUUUCAGUCUCCCCUGAUCAAGACUCAGAUAUUCCGAUCUCUAGUGGUGAAAACUCAGGUAUUCCAGUCUCCCUAUUUAUAUAA